AUGGCCGCUCCGUCGCGAGAGGGCCCCAAACCCUCGAUCAACCGCCAGACCACUGCACCUUUUCAUUUGAAGCUCUUCUACCGAGUCAACAACUAUAACCCUCUAUCUGACUAUAGCAUCCCCGCACCCUCUCGCCGCGGAGGACCGGUCAGCGGACCAAAUGCCAUUCGUCCAACAUCACCUGUCGCAUCUACAGCGCCACUCCCACCACAUCUGGAGAUCUACACAUGGCAAUCAUGCACACUUCGCGAGCUCUCACAGCUUCUCACAUCUGCUCUUCCAUCAUUACUCCCUGAUCCACCAGUUGGCACCCGUCUCUGCUUCCGACUGAUUUACCCCGACGCGCGCGGCGCGGCAAUGGGCGGCCCCGAUGCGCGUGGUCGAUACUUGAGCAGGGAUUUAGGCAGUGCUAUUGUUGGUCCGAGGGAUAGUCAAUUGCGCGCAGACGACGACGAAGAUAAGGAAGCACGACCUCGUGGCCCACUCCGUUUCCAGGGCUCCGAAGCCGACAGGCCCCUGCAGGAUGCCCGUUUCAUCGUUGGAGACUACAUUGAAUGCGCAAUUCUCGCACCGCUCGAGGACGGAUCCGUUGCGCCGGCGCUCAAUGGUGCAUCGGGCCCGAUCAUGGGACCCAGAGGUGGAGGUGGAGGUGGCAUGCGCGCGUUCCGGGAUAAUGGCUAUCCUCGUGGGCCUGGUCGUGGUCCUCGUGGUGGUGGUGGUGGUGGUGGUGGACCUCCCCAUAUGCCCCGAGGUGAUUGGCAUCGUGGUGAGCGAUUGCCUGAAGGUGGACGCGGAGGCCGUCGUGGAUGGGCACCAUAUUGA